AUGUUGCUGAAGUGUCACCGGCCGAUCCUCAAGUUAGCUAGUGAGGACCACGGAAGACGCACCCACGGGCGCCCGGGGAAAGUCUUGUUGCAGUUGGAGUUCACCUACUCGUACGAUCAGCGACUUCGCAUACUGAUGAAACUUCUGAUAAAGCAGACGAAACUUGCCGUAGCAGAGACAGCCACCCUGAUGAUCCACGUGUUCAACGGGUGCAAAGAGGUCUGCUCUCUGCCGGCCAAGGCCUGCACCGCAUGCGGGGACCUUUGCGACUGCGAGGACUGCUGCUCCGAGAUCUGUGGAAGCUGCACGGCAUGCGUGCACCGCCCACUUGGAACCUAUGUGGUGUGUGCCAUCCUCCUGAGCCUCGCAGAGAUCGGCUUCUGCCUGGCGGCCCUGCUCGAGGAUGACCUCGGCAGCUGCACUUUCCCUGACGGCAUGGCCAAGAGCGUUGGUGUUGGCAGUUGGCUGCGUGUUCAGAUGGGCUGCGCUUGGCUCAACCUCAUCUUUGCACCCUAUAUCCAGUAUCAGCUGAUGCAGACGCUUCAAGCAAAAGCAGGAGUCGGAGAGAUGGACCAGCGUGCCAUCAAGGAUAGCUUCCAAGAGGUCUUUCUUCACGACAUCGGCGUGUGCCUCUAUGUCUUCGCUUGGAUAGGUUCUCUCGUUUGGAGCAUCUUUGGCUUUUCGUGGCUGCGACAAGCUCCAGCUGCCUGCGAUCCUCAAGGAUGGGUGUCCGUGGCUGCCCUGCUUGGAAUCGCCUUCUUCUGGUGUCUCCUUUGCUACGGCUUCGUUUGGUACUGCUACAUCAGCUGCACCAGCCAUAGACCCGUGAACUGGGCCAUGAAGCUGAUCCCCACGGUGACGGGCAAGGCACACGCACACGCGGCCCACGCCGCGGCCGCCAGCAGAACGCCAGGAGUGGUGCCGGGGCCAGCCUCGGUGCCACCCUCGGGCUGCGGCAAGGCCUGCACUGUGACUCAACUCGCCAAGCUGGUGGCAUGUGUUGGCUUAGAUUUGUUCGGCGAUGCCACAUACUUCUUCCCUGUGAUUGGCGAGGGCGUGGACCUGGCCUAUGCUCCCAUCCAGGGAAUCGCGCUGAUGAUGUUGUUCGGUUCAAGAAGCAUCGCCACCGUGGGAUUCUUAGAGGAGCUGUUGCCCUUCACCGACCUGAUCCCCUCCGCCACACUGGGCUGGAUCCUUGAGACUUUCUUCGCAGAGAGCUGCUUGGGCCGGGCGCUGGGGUUCUCCCAGCACCAAGACGGCGGCAGCUCUUCGUCUGAUGAGUAG